GCAACAAUAACGACGAAUUUUGCGGCUGCUGCAGCAGCGGCUGCGCAGCCGCGCCACGAACGCUACGCAGCACAUAUCCCGGUUAAUCGCGGGGACGGAAGUGGCCGGCAGUCGGCUACAAGUGUCGAAUCCAAUAACAGGUCGAUUAUUUAUUUAUUUCAGUUUCGUUACGACUUCGUAAUUUUCGCAUGCAUGCCUUAUAGUUUCACUUUCGUUGCCUAAGG